CCGCCCCGCCCCUCCCCGCGCAGAGCGGAGCCGUGCGGCGGCGGCAGGCAAGAUGGCGGCGCUGGCGGUGUCGGGGCUGCGCGCCCUGAGGCGGCUCUGCAGCGUGGCGCUCUUCCUCUCCCAGCUCUACGUGCUCUCGGGCCGUGCAGGAUCUUUGAUGACCACAAAGCACUCACAGACCCAGUCUACACUUGCAAAAAGUCUGACUUCAACAAGUACAAAUACCCCCUAUUUUAAAGCAGCAGAAAGUACAGAAAUGCCAUCUUACGUGACUAAAUGCCCUAGCAAUGGGCUUUGCAGUAGAUUGCCACCAGACUGUAUGACAUGUAACACAAACUUUUCCUGUAUAUAUGGGAAACCAGCCACUUUCGAUUGCAAAGUCAAGCCACAUGUUCAUUGUGUUGAUCAGAAUAACAACGAGCAGGAGAACUUUACAAUUAACAUGACAUGCCAGUUUUGCUGGCAGCUUGCAACAACUGAUUAUGUAUGUACCAAUUCUACAAACUGCAUGACAGUUUCUUGUCCGCGACAACGAUACAAUGCCACUUGUACAGUACGGGAUCAUAUUCAUUGUCUAGGUAAUCGUGUCUUUCCUAAGAUGCUCUACUGCAACUGGACUGGAGGUUAUAAGUGGUCUACUGCCUUGGCGCUAAGCAUCACCCUUGGUGGAUUUGGAGCAGAUCGUUUCUAUUUGGGCCAGUGGCGGGAAGGUCUGGGAAAACUCUUCAGCUUUGGUGGACUUGGAAUAUGGACACUAAUUGAUGUGCUACUAAUUGGUGUUGGCUAUGUGGGACCUGCAGAUGGUUCUCUUUAUAUUUAAAUGUAGAUGCAAUAUGUGUCAGAGAGGGGUAAUUGUUUGGAAAGGGGCGUAAAUAAAAGAAUGUAGAAACUGAGCCUUUAAGGUAGAAUGAAGAACGACUGUUCUUUUUAUGAGCAUACAUUUUAAUGUACAGCAUCUGUACUUAGUUUGCCUUUAACUAAGGUGAAAUAAAAGAGUGGAUCACUGAGUAAGUUGAAAUUAAUUUCUUUUUGUUUAUGGACAUGCUAUUUUUCUAUGAAAAAAAAGUUGAACAGCUAACUGAAUUCCACACUGUUCUUGAACUUGAUCUGUCAAGCACCAAGAGAGAUGUAAACUAACUUGGUAUUGAGUUGUUUACUUCGUAUUUAUAUGUUUGAGCUUAUUUACAAAACUAAAUUCCUUAAAUAUGUCAGUAAUAUAUUGUUUUCAUAUUUGGAAGAUGAUUUAUUUGCCUAAGCCUAAACUACCUUAGCAGUAUUUAGAUUGCCAUGUUUUAUUAAUUAUGUUAAUCUCUUUCUGGGUAUAGCAGCAUCUAACCUUUGCUUAGUGACUUGUUGACUUGAAAGUGUGGAGGGAUUUUAGAAUUAGAUUGCAGGAACACUGAAAGCUAAAUAUGAAAUAAUUAAAAUACAGUUUAGGAUCAUUCCAGGAUGUCUUUUUUACGGUUGGGUUUGACCUACAUCUGUUCUUCUUGCGCUUGCAGACUUGGAAGUGAAUUUCAAAAAAGAGGUCUGGUAUAUAAUCAGUAGGUUUAUCCACUUAAGACUUUGUAACGAUAUUUCCUUAAUGAAGUAUCAUAUCAUCAUGUAGCAAACUGUAGUGACGAUGUUGAAGGAUAGUUCAGCUCACCUAACGCUGAAGCGCGGCUGCCUACCUCUCAGCUCCGCCGCCUCCCGCCGGGCCCUGUUGCACUGGACUGGAGCUGCUGCUUGUGUAGUACUAAGGUGCCGUAAUCUGAAAAUUAUGACUUGAAUAAACUGAAAAUGGAAGCUUUUAUUGAAUAUUAAAUGUAGUUUUUAUGAGCUCA